GAAUAUGGGCUGAAAUGCACAGUACACAGCCAGAACAAUGUACUGCAGCAACUUGACCUACCAGUGUGACCCGUCGUCUUCAGUCAGAGAGGCCCGUGGGCACCACUGAAGACAGACUGGAGGGGGACGACGCAUCUCUGGGCCAAAGGACAAAACUUCUGCAUCCAUUUAGACUCUCACAUCCCUGUUGAGAGACAGAAAAAAUGACUCCUCUCCUCAGCAUGAGCAGGAGCUGGGUCUGGCGACGGACGCUGGCGGGAUGUUUAACACGUUUGAUUGUCUUCAUGUUGCUCUGUGCACCAGCUCUCGCUCAGCUGGAUUUGAACAGAUUAGAUGGCGACACAGUGUGCCCACCCAUGAAGAAUGGACAAGAUGACCUUCCAGGGUUCGAUCUGAUCACACAGUUUCAGUUGGAUGUCAUCCCCAUGAGGGGCGUCAGAAAGGUAGAAGGAUCCACAUCCCUCCAGGUGGCGUACAGACUCGACCGAGAGGCCAACUUCCAGAUCCCAACCAGGCUGAAUUUUCCAAGGGGCUUCCCAGAUGAGUACUCCUUUAUGACCACCUUCCGCAUGAUCAAGAACACUGUCAACAAGGUGUGGAACAUCUGGCAGGUGGUGGAUGAAGACGGUUUGAAGCAGGCAGGUAUGCGUCUGAAUGGAGAGCAGCAGGCCCUGGAGUUCUUCCUCACCACUAUGGAAGGAGAUGUGCAGACCGUCACCUUCCCAGGCCUUUCUGUCCUCUUCAACACUAAAUGGCACAAAGUGAUGGUUGGUGUAGAGAAGGAGUUGGUAACGCUGUAUGUGGACUGUCACCCGGUGGACCAGAAACCCAUCAAGAGGAAAGGCUAUGUCAACACGGAGGGAGACACUCUGAUCGGAAGACUGGAUUCUGAUCCCAACACCUCUGUAGUGUUUGAGUUGCAGUGGAUGCUGAUUCACUGUGACCCAAAGAGAGCUCAGAGAGAAGGCUGUACAGAACUUCCUCCGUCGGAGAUGUAUGCCAAUGCUGAGCCGGAUCCCAAACCGAUCCCUGGUCCCCCUGGUCCUGAGGGUCCUGAGGGGUCUCGUGGACCCCAAGGAGAACCUGGCAGAGACGGGAGAGAUGGUAUUCCAGGCACUCCGGGCACUCCUGGAGCUCUGGGUCUUCCUGGACCAAGAGGAGGAAUUGGGCUCCCAGGCCCACCAGGACCUCCAGGAUCACCAGGUGUUGAAGGCAUCAGAGGGCGACAGGGACAUCCUGGGCCUAAAGGAGAUGAUGGUGCGAUUGGAGCCCCGGGAGAGAAAGGAGCUCCUGGAGCCAAGGGUGACACUGGUGAGCCAGGAAAGCAUGGAUCUGAUGGAGCACCAGGCUCUCCAGGAGAGAAGGGAGAGCCAGGUCUGUCCGGAGCCAUUGGUGUCAGAGGAAUUGUGGGAAUUCCAGGUUUACCAGGAAAACAGGGACUCGUGGGGCCUGCAGGCCAAAAGGGUGAAAUUGGCACUGUAGGACUGACUGGUCCAGUUGGGCUUCCUGGUAAAGAUGGAGCACCUGGACCACCAGGAGAAGAUGGAACUCCAGGAGCCAAAGGAACCUCUGGUGAACCAGGAAAGCAGGGUCCAGUCGGCCCAAUGGGCCCGCAGGGAAUCCAGGGAGAUAAAGGUGACCAAGGACUCAUGGGCCCUCGUGGAAUCAAGGGUCACACAGGUCAUAAAGGAGACCAGGGCCCAAUGGGUCCUGUUGGUCCCAAAGGAAGUGAGGGAGAUCCAGGUGUUGUAGGAGAACCAGGCAUGAAGGGUGAUCAGGGGCCUCCGGGUAUUCCUGGAAUCAAGAGUGAGCGUGGAGAGAAAGGCCAGAGAGGAGCUACAGGAGCUGAUGGUCGUCCAGGACAGCCAGGCCACGAGGGUCUGACCGGACCGCAGGGAGCCAGAGGUCUUGAGGGGGAACGAGGACUAUCAGGACCCCCUGGUCCCAGAGGUCUACUUGGGCCUAAGAUGAGUGACGAGAGGAUCCGUGAGAUUUGUUCAGCUGUUGUUGAAGAGCAUUUAGAUGCCUACAAGAAGGAAGUAGCCAAGAAGCCUCUUGCCAUUGGAGCCCCUGGAACUCCAGGACUCAUGGGACCACCUGGACUACCGGGACCAGCAGGUCCUGCUGGAGAAGCCGGACCCAGAGGAAUCAUGGGCCCCAAGGGGCCUCAAGGAUACUACGGUCUUCCUGGAAAACCAGGAGCCACAGGUGAUGCAGGACAAAAAGGUGACAAGGGAGAUAAUGGAAUUGGAAUUCCAGGAAUUCCUGGAGAACCCGGACCUCAAGGACCAGCUGGCAAGCCUGGCAUCGGUAAGGACGGUCAGGACGGGGCCAGAGGAGACGCCGGUGUGCCUGGGACCCCAGGAACCCUUGGAGCCAGAGGACCUCCGGGAGCCCCUGGUCUUUGUGAUCCUUCAAACUGCUUUAGGCCUCAACCGCUUUACAUGGUUGGCGGGAAGAGGUCUGUCAACAUCAAGGGUCCAUGAACAGAAUGAAAGAAACCUUCUAGAAAUCUUCAUCACAGUCAUCAUCAGCCAGUUCAUUUCCGACAAACUUGGAGACUUCAAAUGGCGAGCAGACGGUGAGAGAAACAAACGUGACAGAUGUAUAGAGACACACGGAUGCAGCUCCUGAUGGUGGAUUUGUUGUACCUUGUACAUAAACUAGAAGUAAAUGUGUUUGUUCUUUCAGGAGGUUUACAGUAAAUCGCAGAUAAAUAAAUAAAUUAGUAAUUGAUGUUUCAGUUCUUGGGUCACAAACUGCUAUAAUCGAUCAUUUCCAGACCACUACAUGCAAUAGAAUUGCAAUUUUUUUUUAAUAUUUUUUCAUCAAAUGUGAUUGUAAAGGCCAAUUUUAGACAUGGUGCCAGACAUUAAGCUACGCCAACAGAACGACAGUGUGAUCCUACAACAGCUUGAAAUAAAAGCU